AUGGGGCAUGAAUCCUUGAAGGAUUUAAUGGAUGUGGAUAUUGAAGGUGUGACUUCACAAAUUUUUCUGAGUAGCAGGAUUUUAUUUAAUUGGUCAAUUUAUUCAAUUGAGGAUUGUGCACUUCGUCGUCGUUUGUAUGCUAUUGUUGAGUGCUUCCUCACUGCUGUAUGGCAAGAAAGUUAUUUUGGUCGGAAAGCUUUGGAAGAUAAAGUGCGGACUUGUACUGCUUCAGUGUUUCGUAUUUUGAAGAGUGUUGUAUCAAAGAUUUACUUUAAUUCAGAAACAAUAUGGUUUGGUGGUGAGCAGUCAGGCUUUAAAACAAAUUCCUUAUGUAAUGCAAUCACAUUUCUCAGUUGUUGUUGGCAUUCGGCUGCUCUUGCUCUAAAUAUUUUUGAUGCAAGUGAAAUCGAAGCUUUUUUGCAAGCCUCAGUUCGUCUCAUUCCAUCAAACAGUUGCUUGUCAUCAGCAUUACUAAUACAAGAUGAUCGAUUUCUUUCUGUGUCUGUAGCAUUGUUAUAUUUGGAAGCUUAUAAAAUAGCUACACCAUCCGAACUGAAAGCAGUGUGGUUAUUUCGGCACAUUAUGUUUUCAAUAAAUUACGAUUAUAAGGUGAUUUUGGAUUGGUUACUGUCAGAAUUAGCAGCAGUGCCUUUUGUCUUGCGUUUCACUAAAAUGCUUGUCAAAGAUUGGAACUGUUUGAACACAGCAUACAAAAACAGCUUUUCAUGCUCGCAGUGCAAAAAAACCAAGCAAGCUCAGUUUGUGAGGACUAAAUCGAAUUUUUCGACUAAUGACAUCGUACUUCAUAUACAGCAGUUACAUGGUGAUAUGCCUGUCACAAUAUCCUACAUAUUCCCAAUAAGCGAAGGGAGAGCUCAUUUGGUACCACAAAAAUGGGCCUAUCAAGAAUCAGAUGAUCAGCAAAUUCUCCAUUGUUUAGAAAAAUUGCGUAGUUCCUGUAUCUUGCUGCAAAAAUCCAAUGAUUUUCCAUUUAAUGUGAUAUCCGUAAUAUGUCUUCAUCAGGAAGUGAUCGUCAACGAUCCAAAAGUCAUUCGCCUAAAAGGCUUGUUAAUAAUACUUUUUAUUCUAGAUUUUAUGUUUAAUAAUAUCAUUUGUGAUUGUUCCAUCAAACAUGAUAAUUUUAGUGAACGUUCUGACUCACGUAGCAAUACUCCACCACGCCGCCGGAGUCGUUCAAGAUCGAUUGAUCAUGCUAUUGAACAACUUGGCCGACUUCACAUUUGCAAUUUUGAUGAAAGCUUGAGAAAAGAUGAUUUAAAGGAUGCAUUCGGCAAAUUCGGCGACAUCGAUAAUGUUUGGCUGGCAUCAUAUCCUCCUUUGUUUGCUUUUGUUACAUUUAAAAUGAAAGAAGAUGCUGCGGACGCUUUGAAAGAAAUGAAUAAUGCGUACAUUGGAAGAAAUAAAAUUAAAGUGGCUACAGCUCAUCCACCUAGAAAACCUGGUGAGCGUGGUCCUCCUCGACGAUUUGGUGGUGGUGGUUAUAGAGGCGGUGGAGGCCCACGAUCUUAUGGGGGUUAUGGAAGUAGAGGAGGAGGUUACAAUGGAGGGAGUUAUGGAGGACGAUCAGGGGGUGCUCGUUCUUACGGUGGAGGUGGUUAUCGAAACAGUUAUAGUAGCAGUGGUAACAGCGGUGAUAGAAGGUAG